AUGCUUUGGUGCAAGUCGACCUUCCUCACACGCUUCGGCGGGGAUGACUGCCGGCUCUUCCCGACGCAGCAGCAGCUCUUCGACUUCAUCGACACGCAGGGGGAGGGGCAGCAGGAGGUCCAGGGCGCACCGCCGGCGUGGCUGCCGUUCAGCGUCGAGUUCCCCUCCGAGGAGGAGGUGGCGCGCGAGUUGGCGUCGCGGGCGCUCCGCGCAGCAGCGGCGCCGGCGGCUCCCUCCCCGUGCGGCAGGCUGUUCCGCAAGCGCCCGCUGAGCAGCAGCGGCGCCGGCGAGGCUCGCAGGCCGGAGGGGGCCGCCAAGUUUCCAUCCGAGGCGAAACGGCAGCGGAGGGCGGCGCUCCGGGAGGACUACGCGGUGCUGUACGGCGCCACGCCGCUCUCCGCGCAGACGCGAAUGUUUCUUGCGACCACCGUCGCCGGUCUAACGCGCGUGGUGGGCGAGAUUGAGCCGCUGCAGCAGCACCUGUACGAGUUGAUCCGCGAGGGCGCGCCGUGCCACCUCUACCUCGACGUCGAGCGCGAGGGGGACUACUCCGCGUGGCGCCCCUUCGUAGACCUCGUGGGCGGGGCGGAGAGCGUCACGGAGGAGUGCCCGGGCGCGGCGAAGUACCUGGCGGCCUUGUCGACGGCUCUCUGGCGGCCGCCGCGGUGCUGCGCGUGGAGCUGUCGCCUGCGCGCCGACAACCGUCAGACGACGACGGUGCUGCUUGCGGAGCUCCGCAGCUUCCUUUGCGGUGCCUACCCCGCACUGAUGAGCGCAGCCGCUGCGGAGCGGCGUCGCGGCCGCGACAGCGACAGCAACAACGAAGGCGGUGGCGCACGUCUCUCUGACGCGGAGGACACGGCGUCCCCGCUGGGGCCUGGUGUGGAGGUGGUGGUCAUGCGCUCCGCGGACGCGGGUGCAGCGGAGGGACGCCAGGGCGGGAAGUUCUCGCAGCACUACGUUGUGAAGUUUGCCGGCCAGUGGUUCAGCAGCAACGCCGACGUUGGACGGCUUGUGGGGCAGUUCGUGGACUAUUUGCACGAGCGGGCGCUGACGGACGCGCGCGUGCACGUCGCGCUCUUCUACCACGACGUCCCGAAGGAGUUCGCCGUUCUGCCACCGGCCCAGCCCUCGCGACAUUUGCCGUUUCUCCCGCUUCGGUGCGUCAUCGACACCGCCGUGUACAGUCGCAACCGCAUGCUGCGCUGCCUCGGGAGCUGCAAGCUGCACAAGCGAGGCAUCCUCGCGGUGGAGCGGUACUUUUCCGCCAGUGCCGCCGCCGUAGUGCCUGUUGCGUCAGCGGACGCCGCGGCACUCUUUUUUGAUUCCCUUGUGACCCUGCGGACGGGGCACCGUGGGGUCGUUUCGAUUCCAGCUCUAGUCGCCGACACAGCUGGAGCCGUGACGUCCGCUCGGGGCGGCGGCGGCGAGACUCGGCUACUGCGGGAUGUGGAUUGCGCGCGGUACGCCGCCCUGGCGCGGCACGUGGCGCGGGAGUGGGGCCUCGUUGGUGGCGCCCCGUGCCGGGUGUGCAGCGUGCGUCAACGCGGCGCGCGCUACCUGUUGUUGCUGCUAGAGGGCUCGCGCUACUGCGGCAACGUGGGGCGGCAGCACCUCUCGAACAACGUCUACCUCACCGUCGAUUUGCAGCAGCGUGUGUGGGCGCAGAAGUGCUUUGAUCCGGACUGCGCCGCGUACCGGUCCGCGCCGCGGGCGAUCCCCGACGACGUGCUGCCCGCCGCCAGUCACGACUGGACGAAUGCGACGCAAGCGGCGGCUCUCGCGUCCCACGCCUCGCUGCGGACUACCUUCCACUCGCCGUGA